AUCGCUACUCACACACACACGGGCACACACAUGUACGCACACAGCCACACUCAUUGAAAAAGUCGGAGAAUUGUGUGGGAAAAAAUAUCGUCUAUAACUAACUACGAAACGCGCAAAUUGUGCAAAUGCGGAUGCCCAGUAGCAAAGGCAAAGUGAACGUUUGAUAAUUGUGGGUGCGCUGGCUGUUUGGGCAGCUGAAAAUUCAUGUUGUCGCUGUAACGCAGCGCAGUGAGUGUAUGUGUGUGCAUGUGCGUGUGUGUGUGAAGAGUGAAACCUACAACUUUACUCCCCAAACCAACAGCCACACCAACAACAACGACGACGACAACAACAACAACAGCAGCAGCAGCGCAGCAGUGUUGAGAGAAAAGAUGGCGACGAGUCGCACCAGUCGCAUACAAUCACAACCAAAAAUUUUUCCUUCAAUCUUUUCUAAAUUACAUGGAGCCAUCUCAGAGGCAUGCGUCUCACAGCGUCUAUCGACGGACAAGAAGACGCUGGAGAAAACGUGGAAACUGAUGGACAAGGUGGUCAAAUUGUGUCAACAGCCGAAAAUGAAUUUAAAAAACAGUCCACCCUUCAUAUUGGACAUACUGCCCGACACGUAUCAGCGUUUGCGUUUAAUAUAUUCCAAAAACGAGGAUCAAAUGCAUCUGCUGCACGCCAACGAGCACUUCAAUGUCUUCAUCAAUAAUCUAAUGCGUAAAUGCAAACAGGCCAUCAAAUUGUUCAAGGAGGGCAAGGAGAAAAUGUUCGACGAGAACUCACAUUAUCGCCGCAACUUGACCAAACUUAGUUUGGUCUUCUCACACAUGCUCAGCGAGCUAAAAGCUAUCUUUCCCAACGGUGUCUUUGCGGGCGAUCAGUUUCGAAUCACCAAGGCGGAUGCAGCCGAUUUCUGGAAGAGUAACUUUGGCAACAGUACAUUGGUGCCUUGGAAAAUAUUCCGUCAGGAGCUGAAUAAAGUGCAUCCGAUAUCGUCAGGGCUGGAGGCGAUGGCCCUGAAAACGACCAUAGAUCUGACGUGCAAUGAUUAUAUAUCGAAUUUUGAAUUCGAUGUAUUCACGCGUCUAUUUCAGCCGUGGGUCACAUUGCUGCGCAACUGGCAAAUCCUGGCCGUCACCCAUCCCGGCUAUGUGGCCUUUCUCACCUACGACGAGGUGAAGGCGCGCCUGCAGCGCUACAUACACAAGGCAGGCAGCUAUGUAUUUCGUUUAUCCUGCACACGCCUCGGCCAAUGGGCCAUUGGCUACGUGACGGCAGAUGGGGAAAUAUUGCAAACAAUACCGCAAAACAAAUCGCUGUGCCAGGCGCUGCUCGAUGGUCAUCGCGAGGGCUUUUACUUAUAUCCCGAUGGCCAGGCCUACAAUCCGGAUCUGUCGUCUGCCGUGCAAAGUCCAACCGAGGAUCACAUAACGGUCACACAAGAGCAAUACGAGCUGUACUGUGAAAUGGGCAGCACCUUUCAGCUAUGCAAAAUCUGCGCAGAGAACGAUAAGGAUAUACGCAUCGAGCCCUGCGGUCAUUUGCUGUGCACGCCCUGUCUCACCGCCUGGCAGGUGGACUCGGAGGGACAGGGCUGUCCAUUUUGUCGUGCGGAGAUCAAGGGCACCGAACAGAUCGUUGUGGAUGCCUUCGAUCCGCGCAAGCAACACAAUCGGAAUGCAACGAAUGGACGACAACUGCAGCAGGACGAUGACGAUACAGAGGAUAUGGGCGACUUCAAUAUAGCCACCUCGUCGUUGCACGCGCUCAGCACCUCGGCCGCGUCACAGUCCUCCAUGGAGAAGCAUAGUCCGCACACGUCGCCGCGCCUGGGCAGACGCAGCACCACGCCCAGCCUGAUGGCGGUGCAAAACGAUCUCUAUGCCGGCGGUACGCCAGCGCUCAGCCUGCCCAGCGGCAGCAGCAGCUGCAGCAGCAGCAUCAGCGGCGGCUCCUCCUCCACAACAAACUGCAACCAGCAGCAACCGCAGCCCUCGGCGCCGCCUGCUGCGACGGUCAUCAGCAAUGGCAGCGGCGGCAGCGGCGGCAGCAGCGGCAGCAGCAACAACAGCAGCAGCAGCAGCUCCACGCAGAAGACAACAAAUCGGAUGAGCGCACCGCUGAUUGGCUCCAGUGUGAUCAACUCGACCUAUGGCCAGAAGUUGCCCAGCAAAACGGACAAUGGCUCGGCCAGCGACACGGCCUCCAUUAGCUCCUAUGCCAUACUACAGAAUCUGCAGGAUGGCGCCAGCUCCAGCGCAACAGCAGCAGCAGCAGCAGCUGGUGGAGGAGGAGGAGGAGGAGGUGCUGUGGCACCGCCGCUGCCGCCGCGCAAAUCACCCGGCAUGGAGACGCCCGUCAAGCCCAGCAAUGCGACACCGUCGAGCAGCAAGAGCAUCGACAACAUCCAGUGUAGCCUGGACAAUGUGCCGCCACAGACCACGGCGCCGCCGAUACCGCCGCAUGUGAGCAGCAGCGUGGACACCUUGGCGGAGGAUUUGAUGCGACAGCAGCGCAUUGCGAGCAGCACCACGUCGCCGGUGCUGUCGCUGCUGGACGAGAUGAUGGUCGAGGUGGGUCCGGCGGAGACCAUCAGCGGUGUCAUCGACACACGUCCGCUGGAGGCGCGCGGCACGCUGCCCGCCAACAACACCAGCAGCAGCAGCAGCAACAACAAUAGCAACAACAACAACAGCAGCAGCAGUGGCUGCAGUGGAGCCCAGGAUGCGGCCAGUUCGCACUAUACGCAACUGUGCACCACGACGACCAGUGCGGCGGCUCUGGCGGCAGCCGCUGCGCUGGCCAAUGGCAAGAAGAUGACGCUGAAGCAGCCAACGCCAGCUGGGCCGGCAAAUGCUGGCCAACAGCCGCUGCUCUAUGCGAACGUGACGAUCAAUCAAAAAGACUGUGCCGGCACUGUGCCCUACGAGAAUAUCAAUCUGGAGUAUAUUGCGCGCCUGAUGAACGCCGGCUACUCCAAGGAGAAUGCCAUCACGGCGCUGGGCAUCUCGCGCAACAACAUCGAAAUGGCUGGCGAUAUUUUGCGCGAGUUUGUCUCCAAGAAUAGCGUCUAAAACGUGCCACGCCCACCCGCCCCCAGCCGCCCAGUGUGAUCCCCGCCCGGAGGAGCAGCGAUAGUAACUGUCGCCUGUUGUUGAUUAUGAUUACGAUGAUGAUGAUGAUGAUGAUGAUGAUGAUAUGAUCCCAGAACAAAGCAAAAGGCAGCUGAUAAAUCAUAAGCAUAAUUUGAAGCUCUCAUUACGCUCUCUCUCUCUCUCUCAAUCUAUAUAAAUAUUUAUAUAUAUCUAUAUAUAUAUAUGACUUUCUCCAACUCGCUUUAAGAGCACCUCGCCCCCUUCCACCCCCCCCCUCCCGCCACACACACACACACACCCACUUCAUCUAGAUUAACGCUAAGUUAGCAGCCCAAUAAACACACACACACACACACACGCACACCCAUUCUUGGCGUAGCCAGCACAAGCAAUUAGGCGUAAAAAAUUCGUUCGUUCUCUUUAAAGAAAAUAUUUAAUAAUAAAACAAAAAUAUAUAUAUUUGAAAAAUCGUCAAAUUCUCACACUAUUUAAAGCAAACAAAUUAAGCACAGCCCAUUUAUAUCAAAUAUAUAGCUAUAUAAACACGUAUAUUAAGACGUAUUUACUUCCUAUUAAGAAACCAAAAAAAAAAAACGAAUUAAAAUCAAAAAGCGCAAGAGAAAAACAUCUUAUAUACGCGGUUCUAAACGAAACAAAUAAUUGCCCACCCCGAAUGAACUAAAAAUUUAUAUUAUGCUCUCUUACCAAAUAAAAGACAAGAACCAUAAACACCCCACACACACACACACACACACACACACACACACACACACACACGCACAUGCUAAUAGCGCCCCAGAGCGAAAAGCAAACAAUUUUAAUUGGUGCAUCGGCAAUCAUGAGAAAAUACACAGAAAGCGUUCCAAAAUUCAUGCCACACACACACACAUUAUAUACAUUAUAUAAAAUGCCUUUGAUGCCAAUUCAGUGACUUGGCCCUGAUUUUCCUUAACCGAUUUAGCAAUAUUACCAAAUACAAAGAAUAAAAAAAGAAAAAAACAAAAAACACCAAAGCAAAUCCGAUGCACUAUCAAAGUUUACCUCGAUUUUUUAUACAAAACUCAAUGUUUUUUGUAAUAGUAUAUUUGUAAGUUUAUGCAAUUAAAAUACCGGAGCCGAAAUUCGUUUUAAAAAGUAAAUAAAAAAAAGAGAAAUAAGGAAAAUACAAAGAGAGAGAAUCAAGGAAUACCCAAGUUUGUAUUACGGAUAAACCAUUUUUACAGAAUUUAUAUAUAUAUAUAUAUAUAUUAUAUUGUAUAAUGCAAUUAAUCGGUUUUUUAAUUCGUCAAAAAAGUUCUUAACCCCACACGCAAUCUUUUGACAUUUAGUAUAUCUACUAAAGCUAAGCGAUAUUACGAUAUAUAUAUAUAUAGGCGAUAUAAUCAUGCGUAAACGAAAGCAAAGGCAUAGAAAAAAAAACAAAAACAAAUCAAACAAAUCGAAAAUCAAUGCAAUAUUCACUAUAAACAAAUCAAUGCAAGCGUAAACUUAUAAGUAACAUAUAAUUAAAUAACAUAACCUCAAACGAAACGAAUAAACAAAAUACUAUUUAUGAAAUAUUUGAAUUUUAAGAAAACAUCAGCGUUAAAACACAAAAGAAAAAUCAAGAAUAGAGCAUAGCGAAAAAAAAAACAAAUAGGAG